AUGAUGAUUAUUCUUGUCUUCCAUCGGUCUUUGUUACUCGAUAGAAAUGAUGAUUAUUCUUGUCUUUCAUCGAAGCUUUCGUUACUGGAUAUAAAUGAUGAUUUUCUUGUGUCCAUCGAAGCUCUUUUGUUACUCGGUAGAAAUGAUGAUUAUUCUUGUCUUCCAUCGAGCUCUUUGUUACUCGGUAGAAACGAUGAUUAUUCUGCUCUUUGUUGCCCGACUGAAAUGAUGAUUCUUCUUGUCUUUACUCUUUGUUACUCGCUCUUUGUUACCGAUAAAAAUGAUGAUUAUUCUUGUCUUCCAUCGAAGCUCUUUUGUUGCUCGGUAGAAAUGAUGAUUAUUCUUGUCUUCCAUCGAAGCUCUUUGUUGCUCGGUAGAAAUGAUGAUUAUUCUUGUCUUCCAUCAGCUCUUUUGUUACUUGGUAGAAACGAUGUAUUAUUCUUGUUUCCUCGAGCCGAUGAUUAUUCUUGUCUUCCAUCGAAGCUCUUUUGUUACUCGGUAGAAAUGAUGAUUAUUCUUGUCUUCCAUCGUUCUUGUUCUUUGUUAUUCUUGUCUUCCAUCGAAAUGAUGAUUAUUCUUGUCUUCCAUCGAAGCUCUUUGUUACCGGCUCUUUGUUACCGGGGUAGAAAUGAUGAUUAUUCUUUGUCUUCCAUCGAAGCUCUUUGUUACUCGAUAGAAAUGAUGAUUAUUCUUGUCUUCCAUCAAGCUCUUUUGUUACUCGAUAGAAAUGAUGAUUAUUCUUGUCUUCCAUCUAAGCUCUUUUUUACUCGCUCUUUGUUACUCGAUAGAAAUGAUGAUUAUUCUUUGUCUUCCAUCAAGCUCUUUUGUUACUCGAUAGAAAUGAUGAUUAUUCUUGUCUUCCAUCGAAGCUCUUUGUUACUCGGUAGAAAUGAUGAAGUUAUUCUUGUCUUCCAUCAGGCUCUUUAUUUACUCGGUAGAAAUGAUGAUUAUUCUUGUCUUCAUCGAAGCUCUUUGUUACUCGCUCUUUGUUACUUGGUAAAUGAUGAUUAUUCUUUCUUCCAUCGAAGCUCUUUGUUACUUGGUAGAAAUGAUGGAUUAUUCUUUGUCUGUCCAUCAAAUGAUGAUAUUCUUGUCUUCCAUCGAAGCUCUUUGUUGCGGGAUAGAAAUGAUGAUUAUUCUUGUCUUCAUCGAAUCUCUUUGUUACUCGAAAAUGAUGAUUAUUCUUGUCUUCCAUCGAAGUUCUUUGUUACCGGUAGAAAUGAUGAUUAUUCUUGUCUUCCAUCGAAGCUCUUUUGUUACUCGGUAGAAAUGAUGAUUAUUCUUGUCUUCCAUCGAAGCUCUUUUUACUCGGUAGAAAUGAUGAUUAUUCUUGUCUUCCAUCGAAUCUCUUUGUUACUCGGUAGAAAUGAUGAUUAUUCUUUGUCUUCCAUCUAA